AAAACAUGCUUGACUAUCGUGACACCUAUUGUCAAAUAUUUGUUGUGUAAAAAUUGCAUUAUUUUCUUAUAUAUCUGGAAUUUACAAUGGGCAUUGACCACGACUCAAUUUUACGAGCUGGAAAACCGGCAGAUUUUUCGUUCAGGAAACUAACACAUAUUGAUGUUCCAAGAUUUUUAGAAACUGUUGGUCUCGAGGGAGCACGUUUUACAAGAGUCGCAGGAGUUCCAGAGAGAGCUGAGUCAAAGAAAUUUCUUACUAGAUCCAUUUGGCUUAACAACAACCAAUUACGAAAUAUAACCAAUAUGGAUACUUUGGCUGAGGCUGUUUUAGAAUACCCUGCUCAGCUCGGAUGGAUAGAUUUCUCCUACAACCGAAUAACCGAAAUAGAUGAGUGUAUAACAAAAUUUAAAGAUUUGAAGAUUGUUUACUUUCAUGGUAACUGCAUCUCCGAAUUGGACGAAAUAAAAAAACUGAAGUCAUUGAUAAAUCUUAGAAGUGUAACAUUUCAUGGAAAUCCUAUAGCUAAUCAUCCGCAAUAUAGGAGUUUUGUAAUUGCAAUUUUGCCUCAGCUAGCAAACCUCGAUUUUACUCCAAUUAUACCGAAUGAGAAGAAAUUUGUACAACCUGUGGAUCUGAUGAAGAAAAAAGAAAGAAAGAUAGAAAAAUGAUCUAUAUAUUUUAUAUUCUACUUUAACCUAUUAUAAAAUUUAUAUGUAUAAAAUGUUUAAUAUCAUGUAUCAAAAAUUAAUAAUUUCAUAUGUAUAUAAUAUUGCACAAUUAAAU